UCGUUCAACGCCAUGUCCCAAGCCGUCGGAAACACGGCUUUGGCUUAUGCCCGCGUUUGGCACCAAGUCGAUGCCUCCGAACGGGUGCUCGGAAAGCUAGCAGAGCGGAUUGCUAUAGUACUCAUGGGCAAACACAAGCCCGUUUACGAUCCUGGUGUGGAUUGCGGUGACUAUGUCGUGGUCUCAAAUGCGAGGAAAGUCAAGGUUACCGGGAAGAAGGCCGAGCAGCUCGUGUACCGGCACCAUACUAUGUUCCCCGGCGGUUUGAAGGAAAUCAAGUACAGGGACAUGAUGGCGAAGAAGCCGGACGAGAUCAUCCGACAAGCAGUUUCCGGCAUGUUACCAAAAAACAAGCUUCGUGAACGAAGACUCGAGCGAUUGAGAAUAUUCGAAGAUGAAGAUAUCGGCGCCUUCAGGCACAAUAUCCUCAAACGAUGGGAGGACGGCACGUUGAAGACUGCUUUCGUGGACCCAAAGCAGCCAUAAAAUACUGCACCUCUUCGCAUCUGUCUCGGGUGCACCAUCGCUAUAGGUCUUCCAUGUUCUACAUCUACCAUUUCGCUAUAUUACACGCUUACAAACUGCG